AUGUCUUUCCUUGCAUUGUUCAACAAGUCAGCGCAGCCACUGCGUUACAAGCUGCUCGCUCGUUUAACUGCCUAUAAUGGCUCUAUCCAUGCACUUGCGAUUUCUAAUGAUGGACACCUGCUUGCAUGUGGUGGUACCGAGGGAAUCAAAAUCUGGGAUAUCAAAUCUCGGAAAGAACUCACAUCUUCGUCCAAUCAUCAUGAAUCAAGGGGAACAGUCAGUUGCGCAAUCUGGGCCACGACUACGAAAACCGCGGCAGAAACCCUCUGUUAUGGAACAGGCCUGGGUUAUAUCGUAUGUUUACAACGCAGUCUCACAGAUGAAAAAUUCCAGGAAAUAUGCGCCAGGAGACUGGGAUCAGGAUUUGAGAUCACAUGCUUGUCAUGGCGUUCAACUUCCUCUGAAGGAAACCUACGAAUUGUAGUCAGAACUAGAGACAAAAUGGUUCAGGUUCUGACGCUCAACACAAGCUCGCAGCUCCAGCCCGUCUUCGCAGUGCGACUUGAAAAUACGGUGCCCAAGUUGGUAGUGUUCGCAGACAACCGGAGCAUCUAUGUGUUCGGGCUCUAUGAUGGCAACUUCAUGAAACUGAAGGAUGAAGAUGGCGACAUAGUGCAAGAAAUUAGCUGCAAAUCAGUGAUUGGUCAUGCUGCGGUGUACUCAAAGCGGGGCGUUUUCGUUGUAGAUAAUGCAACAGACGGCUUUACAUUAUAUCGCCUUGAAGGUGAUGGUGAGCCUCUUCGAACGUUUGCAACUGGUUUGCCAAGUGUAUCGGUCCCGAAGCAAGUGGCAUUUGGGGAAGAAGGCAAGACAGGGGAGACACUUGAAACCCUCCACCACGCGGACACUGGCCUUGUGCAAACAAUAUCCGCACACGAUCUCAAUGGCCGCUGCACAAUUGCCAGCACUUCGCCCGUGCUAGGGCGCGGGAAAACUACAAUCAAGAUAUGGGUGUACGACUACUGCCGUGCCGAAGGUAUCCAAGGCGCCCUCAGGGGAUUACUGGUCCCUGUCGCACAUACUGAGACAGCUUUUUGCACACUGAACCGUGUACAUGGGUACAUGACUUCGGCAACAAUGAUUAAUGUGGCCGAUGACUUUUCACAGCGUGUCCAAGCUGCCAUGAUAUUUGACGAGUAUGUAGAUAUCCAGAAGGACAAGGAAGGGCCGACCGAAGGAUACAUCAAAAAUGACAUUGUGAUGCUCCGGGAAUUAGCGGCAAAGAUCCUGGAGCUAGCUCAAGAAGCGGACGGAGAGAUCGACAAAGAUGACCAUAGGGGCAAGCGCGAUACUGAUUACCCGCAAGCAGCGAAAGGAGAUGAAGAGGCGAAGGACCUAUCUCCCGUCCAGUACAUGUAG